UGCUAGUAGGAAUUAGAAUGAGAAGCUGAGGAUUUUGCACUAUAAAACGAAAUUGCACGGAUGUAGCCUACAUGACUCCAGUCUACGGAUAAUCGAAUAGCAUAGGCUACAUAAAAAGUAAAAUAGAAAAUUUUCAAAUAGUCCAAAAGGAAAGUUCCGUAGAAGAUCAAGGAUCAGAGGCAGAGAGACUGCAAACAUGGCCAUCCUUCUUCCUAUUGCUGUGGUCCUUGCUACGUUGUCCCUUGGCCUUUCCGGAUCUGUGCUUACCGUGCCCAAUGGACAGCAGUGGGGGGAGUGGAAAUCGACUGAGUAUUGUCCAGCCCAGUUCUAUGCUGUUGGGUUCAGUCUGAGGGUGGAAGGUACACAGGGUCUUGGGGAUGACACUGCCCUCAAUGGCAUUCGGCUCAUUUGUGCCAAAGACGGGGACAUGAGCACCCUUCCUACAGUCGAGUCCCACGCUGGAUUCUGGGGUGACUGGUCGAGCCCUCGGUAUUGCUCCGGCGGAACACUCAUCUCCUUCCAACUGCGUGUGGAGGACAGUCAAGGCGUUGGUGACGACACUGCCGCCAAUAACAUCAAAUUCCGCUGCAGCAGCAACGAAGUUCUGGAGGGUAACGGCCAUGGGUGGGGAGAGUAUGGACCCUGGAGCCAGGAAUGUAGCAAUGGAGGCAUCUGCGGCAUUCAAACCAAGAUGGAAGAUCGCCAGGGUCGGGGGGACGACACAGCUCUCAAUGACGUGCGUUUCUACUGUUGCUCCUAAUCCCAGGAAUUAUCUGUGAGUAACAUCGUGAACCACCUCAACCUGGAACACAAACUCGGACCAAACUAAGGACCCCUUAGUAGAAGACCAAAUGGUCGUAUUUUGAGUUGUUACUGUCAAUGAUUACUUUCUGUAAACCUUUUUGGAAUGAGCCAUUUCCCUCUAAAUAAAGGUCAAGCAUAUUUAC